GCGGCGGCGGCGGCGAUGGCGGCUCGGUGCGUCCGGGCGGCGCGGCGCAGCCUCCCGGCUCUGUCGCUGUCUCUCAGGCCCUCUCCUCGGUGGUUGUGCACAGCCACAAAGCAGAAGAACAGUGGUCAGAACCUGGAGGAUGACAGCGGCCACAGCGAACAGAAGACAGAGCCGCCAUCCACAGACAAGAUUCUUCUGGACGAGAAGGUGAAGCUGGAAGAGCAGCUGAGAGAGACAACGGAAAAAUACAAACGAGCCUUGGCAGAUACUGAGAACUUACGGCAGAGGAGUCAAAAGCUGGUGGAGGAAGCCAAGUUAUAUGGCAUCCAGGGCUUCUGCAAGGACCUGCUGGAAGUGGCUGACAUUCUGGAGAAGGCCACCCAGAGUGUCCCAAAGGAAGAGAUCCGAGACGACAACCCACACCUCAAGAGCCUGUACGAGGGGCUGGUGAUGACCGAAGUGCAGAUUCAGAAGGUGUUCACGAAGCACGGCCUGCUCAGGCUGGACCCCGCCGGAGCCAAGUUUGACCCUUACGAACAUGAGGCCUUGUUCCACACGCCGGUGGAGGGGAAAGAGCCGGGCACGGUGGCACUGGUUAGCAAGGUCGGGUACAAGCUGCAUGGGCGCACCCUGAGGCCCGCCCUGGUGGGGGUGGUGAAGGCAGCAUAGCCACCUCGCUGCUUCUGGACUUUUCCAGCACUUGCUGUAACGUCCUGGUUCUCAUCAGUGCCCGUGUCUCACCUUUGCCGGCCUUGUCGGGAAGCUGGAGUCAGCUGCGCCGGCACGCGGGAGCUGGCCACUGGCUCUCAGCAGCACGUGUUCUCAUAGGCUUCCACAGGCUUGCAGAGAGGCCGAGGGACUUGUGGAGUGCCGUGGGUAAUGCUGUAUCCGCUCAGCUUGGGUGAUUGCAAAGCAUUCUAACAAAUAAAAGGUCUUGGGGAGUUGUGUUUGGCUGCGCGGUGAGCACAUGCCGCGUCCUCCACGGCUCUCCUGCAUCUGCA